UGUUUGGUUGAUCAUUUUUCAACCAGUUCCCUGUUCAUUUUUCUUACUUCUACUCACCCCCAUGACCAAUAGUUUAUACUUAGUCCAAGUUGUAUUUUAAUUUGCUGGGGAAGAAAGAAGAAUAAGACCAAGGUUUUAAUUAGAGCCUAGUUUGUGCAAGUGAAAAAUAGGUUCACAUUGACCUAUUCUUUUAUCAAGCUCUUUUGCUUGUCUUGGGAAGAAAAUGAACCAAGAAAUGAAUGGGGUUGAGGCUGAGAAGAGGCAAGAGAAUGGACAUGAGAAAGUGGAUUAUGAUGUGCAGGAGAAAAUAGACUAUGUGUUUAAGGUGGUGGUGAUAGGGGACUCAGCAGUUGGCAAGACUCAAAUACUCUCAAGGUUUGCAAAGAAUGAGUUCUGCUUUGACUCAAAGUCCACCAUUGGGGUUGAAUUCCAGACUAGGACUGUCACUAUUAAUGGCAAAGUCAUCAAAGCUCAGAUCUGGGACACUGCUGGCCAAGAAAGGUAUAGGGCUGUAACAAGUGCAUACUACAGAGGUGCAUUAGGGGCAAUGCUGGUCUACGACAUAACGAAGAGGCAAUCGUUUGAUCAUGUUGCAAGAUGGGUUGAGGAGCUGCGUGCACACGCAGAUAGCUCCAUUGUGAUCAUGUUGGUGGGGAACAAAGCUGACCUUGUGGACCAGAGAAUGGUGCCAACUGAGGAUGCAGUGGAGUUUGCUGAGGACCAAGGCCUCUUCUUCUCUGAGACUUCAGCACUCAGUGGUGACAAUGUGGAGAGUGCAUUUCUCAAAUUGCUAGAAGAGAUCAAUAGGGUAGUGUCCAAAAAGGCUUUGGAAUGUGGUUAUGGGAAGGAGAAUGGUGACAACAAUGUUGUUGCCUCACUCAAUGGAACAAAGGUUGAUAUAAUCUUGGGUCCUGAAUUGGAAAUUAGUGAGAUGAAGAAAUUGUCUUCGUGCUCUUGUUAAUAUUGGUAUUGAGAUUUAAGUUAGUGUAUUUGAUUUUGAGUUUGGAAAAAUGAGCAGAGUGGAAAGUAUAUAUACAUGAGUAUGCUUAAUGGUGAGUGUGGAAGGCUAAGUUUAUUUUAUUUGCUAUUGCUUUCCAUGCCAAGAGUUGAAGAGUAAUAGUUAUCCUGUUUCGUUAUGAUUAUGAAUUAUUAGUUAUGGCACAUUUACUAUAAAAAAAAUUGUACUGAGAGACAUUCGCUCAAUUAUAAACAAACUUAUGGUGUUUAUUUAGAACAUUCACCUUAAUGUAA